UAUAGGGGCCAUCCAAGAGAUGCUAUUGCAAAACUGCCUGUGCAUCUAUUUCGGAGUUCUGUACGCCUUGUACCAUUUCCCCCGUUUCAUUUUGGGCCGCCGUGGGCUUAGCCGCUCAUUCUUUGUUUCCUUCUCUUCAGCUUCCUUUCUACUGUUCUUGUUCUUUCUCACAAUCUCUAUUUCUUCCUCUACCGCGCACCCGCCUACACUCCUCUGCUGUGCAUAAACCGGUGAUUCAGUAAGUUAUACCGCUGAAAAUGAUUUCACUCGCUGCAAGAUUCACUAAGUUGUUAAGAGCCUCUUGUCCUACCACGCGCAGCUCUCCUCCAGUGAUGGGUUUGCAACGAAGCUUGAGGUCAUGUUACUCAACUGUGUCGUCCAAUGGGGACAAUGGUGGUCGGAAGGAUGAUGAAUUGGACGAGGAGUUUGAUGAUUUUCUUAGUGAAAAGCCAGAGUUACAGCUCCAAGGUGUGGAUCCCCGGAAAGGUUGGGGAUUUCGUGGUGUCCACAAGGCGAUCAUCUGUGGUAAAGUUGGGCAAGCUCCAGUGCAGAAGAUCUUGAGGAAUGGCCGAACUGUAACCAUAUUUACUGUUGGAACAGGUGGCAUGUUUGACCAAAGAAUUGUAGGAGCAAAAGACUUGCCAAAACCUGCUCAGUGGCAUCGAAUUGCUGUGCAUAAUGAGAUGCUUGGGGCUUAUGCUGUUCAACAACUUGCCAAAAAUUCCUCUGUUUAUGUUGAGGGUGACAUUGAAACUAGAGUUUACAAUGAUAGUAUCAGUGGUGAAGUUAAAAACAUUCCGGAGAUUUGUGUUCGUCGUGAUGGGAAAAUUCGCCUUGUAACAAGUGGAAAAGUCACCAGUGAUAUUUCAUUUGAGGAUCUACGUAAGUUUUGUUUUCUUAAAGAUGAUACAACACACAAUGAAGCACUUGCAUAUUAAGGACAACUUAGUAUGGCUACAACAUAUUGAGAGGGAUUGUUUAACUGAAAGCUGGUGCAUUGCAGAAAUCUGAGUCUCAGAAAGCAGGACCAGCUAGACUUUUGUAAGAAAUAGAUAUUGUUUAAGUAGUGUGACAAAUUGGUUUAAUUAUUUCAGUGUUCCCGACUUCCUAUCCACAAUCUGGUUGUUUAGCAUGUCUUUUCUCUAUCAUGAUCAUCUGUGUGCAUGCAGGUGCUGGUGUAUACCCCUUUUUUUUUUAAUGUUAGGCAACACAAUAGGGAAAUACUUCUUCUUCACUCGAUAAAUCCCUCUGUAUUAGGACUUGAAUCUGAGAUUUUUAAGUUGAACUCAAAUUCCAA